AUUCAUUCAACCACCUAAUAAUUCUUCUCUGAAUCUACUAAGUACCAGUUUUCCGGAGAAAAAUGAAGAGUAAAGGCGUAGCUACCUCGAUAUUGAUAUCGAAACCGUCCACAACGGUGAAGAAACAUGGCUCAGUGGCUGCUGCUGUACUUGGGAAGAGUAGGUACAAAUUCUGGAUAUUGGCCGUCCUCCUACUCCUUGCUUUCUGGUCCAUGUUCACCGGCUCUGUUUCCCUCAAGUGGUCCUCUACCAAUCUCACCAGAUUCUCCGACGACGACCCCCUCAAUUUCUCUAACCACGACGAUCUCGACAUCCUUGAAUUGGAGGAGAGAGAGGUGGUGGUGAGGAAGAUGUGGGAUGUGUACACACAGAGAGCUACUACGCCGCUGACGAGGUUUUGGCUGGAAGCUUUUGAAGCUGGUUAUGAGUAUCUAUCCAGUGAUGCUCCGGAAGUCCGAGAUGCUGCCAUUUCUGAGAUCGCCAAACUAUCCAUGCGCUCCGUCAAUCUAGAUCCCUUCUCUGUUCAUUCCACACGAGGAGAAGACAAGACAGAAGUGCUUCCGAUCAAGAGAAGAGAAGAAUAAGGUUGUGUUCGCAGUCAUCUAGAUAGCUUAACAAGAAUUCCGAUCUUGUUUGCAGUUUGAAGGAAAUGACAAUGAGAUCGAAUGUGCAAAACUUGCCCCUUCCAGAUUUCAAGAAAGAUUAGCAUAAAUAAGAUCAGAUUACACUUCCAAUUUCCUUCAUUGUCUAUUGGUGAUGUAGUAUAUACUAAAUUGAACUGUAAAAAUGAAUGCUUUACCAUAUGCAGAUGAGCUUUCGCUUCAUCUUAGUGUAGCAUGUUAUAAGAUGCCAAGGGUAGAAGGAACG